CGGAGGGGAGGGGCCCCAGGGCUGCGAGUCUGUGAACAGGCACGAGUACCUCCCCUCGUUAAUUCCCUCCCUCCUCCUCUCUGCGUCUUUGUGCGUUUUGCUUCAAUUCGCAGUAAACGUUCUUCCGAGAAAUAUCAAGGGGACCUCAGCCAAGCAGAGGGGGAAGGGAUCCUGCCCACGCCUGGGGAGACCGAAGGGCACCGAUCCCCGCGCCUCCCGGAGCCUCGGAGUGCCGACACCCCAGGGAUGCCUGCGCCCCAGAGGACCCCCGCCCGCAGCCCCUGCGUCUUCCCAAGGCCCGUCUGGAGCAUGCUGCCUGCAGCCAUGAAGGGCCUUGGCUUGGUGCUGCUGGCCGCUCUGCUGUGCUCUGCGCCCGCUCAUGGCCUAUGGUGCCAGGACUGCACACUGACCACCAACUCCAGCCAUUGCACCCCGAAGCAGUGCCAGCCAUCGGACACGGUGUGUGCCAGCGUCCGGAUCACGGAUCCCAGCAGCAGCAGGAAGGACCAUUCCGUGAACAGGAUGUGUGCCUCGUCCUGCGACUUUGUUAAGCGGCAUUUUUUCUCAGAUUAUCUGAUGGGCUUCAUUAACUCUGGGAUCUUAAAAGUAGACGUGGACUGCUGCGAGAAAGAUUUGUGCAACGGCGUGUCCGGGGCCAGGGGCAGCCCCUGGGCCCUGGCCGGAGGGCUCCUGCUCAGCCUGGGGCCCACCCUCCUCCGGGCUGGGCCCUGAGUUCUCCUCCCUCCUGCAGGGCUUCUGAGCUUGUCCCCUGGAGCCUGUGGCUGCCCCCUCCUCAGCCUGGCCUGGCUGGGGCUGGAGGCAGCCUUGGCCUGGCUCCACCAUCUGUGGCCCUCACCCCUCCCCAUGUCUCCACCAGCUCUGAGUCCUAGCCAGCAGGACAUCUCCAGAACAUCAGGUGUCGGGUGGGCAGGAAGUCGGGGGUGAGGGCGGGGGGGGGCGGGGCUGGGACCUCCAGGUCUCUGAGGGAAGCCAGACUGAGCCAGGCCCAGCCAACAGCCUAGCUAUGAGGGCAUGACCUACAGAGAAAUAAAGUCACUUCUGAGUCCGGAGACCUAGGUCCAUACCUAGGUGUGGGGGGCAGAAGCUUCCUGGCAGAAAGCAGGGAAUGAGGCGCUGAGAAAGAGCAGGUGGGCUGUGGGGGCUGUGAGGGCUGGGCUGCCUGGGGGACCUUGGGCCCCAUGAGGUUUGGGAGCAAUAGGAUGGGGGAAGGUUAGAGUUGAGAUGAACCAGAUCACAGGGUGGCCCGAGGGGGAGCCCUUACAACCGCGCCUGCACUGCAGACACCAGAUGCACAGGCUCACACUGGCCACACAAAUACAGCGGUGUCCCCCCGCUGCCUGCAGAGUGGGACACUUGUGUCCACACCCACGCUCACAUGUCCACAUGCUCACUCCCACCGAUGUGCACACACGUGCACAUUAAACCAUGGACACCCCACUAGCACGUGGAUCGGUGUGCCUCAGUGUAGACACACACACACACGCCUACGCCACACACACGCACACAGACACACAGGCCUGUGUGUGUGGGACUCCUGUCCCUGCUCUGUCUCGGCCCCACGGAUGAUGAGACCCGAGGGCAGCUCCCCUGAGAACUGCUGGGGCUUUGUUGGGCUCCCCUCGCAGCCCUCAUGGGCUCGCAUUCUGCCUCUUAACCAGACAACCCCCGCCCUCCCCCUGAAUUGGGCAGCACUGUGGGCAGGGUCCUGAAGGCCAGCGCCCAAUCUGGCUAAGGAAGCCCACCCCUGUGUGGGAGGGCUCAGAUGGACUGGGGCACUUGGGUGGGAGGAGGCAGGUCUGAGGGUGCUGCUUCUGGCCCUUCCUGCUCCAGCCAUGGCUCUGUGGUCUCAUCCUUUCACCCAAGUCCAGGCCAGCUUCCUGCACCCACUGGACAUGUGGCUUACCCACUGGACACAUGAUACUGGGCGGCCACGCCAGGCUUCCUCUGGGGUCAGGUCUUUGGCUAGUUCUUCCUCAUCCCUGUGUGGCUGACCCAGACCAUGGUCACUCCUAGGUCCUGGGUUCCUUGGAAAGAACAAUGGUUCCACUGAGAGCUGGCCUUGACCUCCAUUCCAGGCUCCUCUGAUGAGCCAUGGAGAGAGGUCUUGGGUUCAGGGUGAGUGAACCAGAGAGUAGAGUGGGGUCACUGGAGACUGGUGUCAACUUCCUGCUGGUGGAAAUGGCCGAGGGACGUGUCCGAGGGUCGUCUCCGCUGUUUUAGUUUGCUCUGAUGCUCUGCAAUGUACCCCCAUCUUGCCCCUGCCCGAACCUCAGUAAAGUGUGCUACCCACA